AUGAAUUAAAUUAAGAUUGAAGCAUAGAAUUCUUUAAAAUUUGAUCCUUUUUGCAUACCAGCUAGAAUUGAUUUGGCUAAAAUUCAUUAGGUAAGAAAAAUUAGUAAUUAGAAAGCUUCUAUGUGUGGUGAAAAUGAGCAAAUAUCAGAUCAUUGUCCUUGCUGUGGACAACAUAUAUAGUAAAAGGAAAUUUCAUUAUGUCGAAAUAGAUUGAAUUUGGCCUUUUUAGGUUAAGGUAUGCCUUUAUUUUUUGAAAUGACCCAGUAAUUAACUUUAAUAGUUCUUAUUUUAUUUAUUAUUUUUGGAAUACAAUCAUUAAUAGCAAAUAUAGAAAAUCAUGAUUGCAUUGCUUAAGAUAAUAUGUUUUAUAAAAUUUCUCUAAAUGGACUUUGUAAUUAAAAUUGUCCGUAAAACUCGACUGAUUUUUAAUCUAUCACAAGAUUAAUUCACUCAAAUGAAUGUUAAAUUAUAUGUGCUAGAAUUAUGGAUAUUUGUUUAGAAACAUCUGUUUUAGAAAUGUCAUUUGCAAACAAGUAGUUUGAUGAGACUUCAAAAUUAGUUUAAUCUAUUCUAGUUUUAUGCAGUGUUUUAGUUUUUAAAUUUGUUAUGAUAAGAGUUAGAAUAUCUUAAAGAAAUACUGCAAGGAUCUGUGAUUAAGAAUUUGUAUCUCCUUCAGAUUUCACAGCUAUGUUAACAAAUUUACCUAUAAAUGAAUAUAAUGAAAUAGAAUUAAAGGAUUCAUUGUUAGACUUUUGUUAUUAGUUUGAUUAAAAAUGCUAAUAUGAAAUAGUUAAAAUAAUUAUAGCAUACGAUAUUACUUCUUUUGUUGAAUACAACAGAGAAAAGAUGAAUUUGGAGAAGAAAGUAGAAAAAAUAGAAAAUUAUUAUAAAUAACAUGGUCGAUAUCCAAGAUCCUUGAAAAACAACUAAUUUAAUGAAUUUAAAUAAAGAAUCAAAUUUCUUGAUGAAAAACUAACAAUAAUUGAAAGCGAAGUCGAAAAUUAAAAAUAUUCUCAUUAAACUUAAGUUGCAUUUGUAACUUUCUAAACUAAAGAAUGUAAAUAAAUAUUUUAAAAAUAGAAUUGUAAUCAGUUUUGGAUUAGACUAAAUUAUCUUAUUGGGAGGAGUUAUGGAUUAGAUUUAAAUAUUAUUUCAUAAAUAGAUAAGAUAAGAGAGGAUUCUAUUUUAAAAAUCGUAUUAUUAUAUUUUGCAGAGCUCCAGAACCAAAUGAUAUAUUUUGGGAAAAUUGUGGAUUUAAUUUCUAGUAUUAAUUUCAAAAAAGAAUACUGAAUUUUUUCAUUACAAUAUUAAUUUUAGGAGGAUCUUUUACUAUUCUUUUAGGAUUAAAUAUCUUACAAAGUUAAAACCUAACAUCAUCUUUUGAUGAUACUACAAUGAUAAUAGUAACUUUAAUUAUUUCUUUGAUAAUUACAAUAAUUAAUUAGAUUAUAUAUUAUUUUAUCAAAUUAUUAGGAUAAUCAGAAAAACAUUUUACAAAAACUCAUCAUGAUGUUUCAGUAGCAACUAAAUUGGCAAUUUUUUAAUUUUUUAAUUCUGGAAUUUUCACUAAACUUAUAAAUAUUUUAGUUUAUAAUUUUGAAAAAGAAAAACUUGAUAAUUAUGGAGAGACUUAUGCUUACUCAAGAUAAGGAGGAGUUAUUUCAGAUGCAUUCUUUUUAUUAAUUGUAAAUUCAUUCUUUGUUCCAAUUUUUACUUAUUUAGAUCCUAUGUACUUCUAUAAAUUAUAUUAAUAAAAAUGCUUCAAAAUUAACAAUAAUUUUAAUUAAAUAGAAGCUAAUAAAAUAUUUGAAGGACCAUCUGUACUAUUAUAUGAAUAAUAUGCAUAUAUUUGUUUAUCUCUGUGGAUUUCCUUACUAUUUGCUCCUUUAUUACCUAUUUCGUUAUUAUUUUGUAGUUUAGGAUUAUUUUUAUAUUAUUGGAUAUAAAAAUAUUUAUUAUUAAAAAGAAAUUGUAAACCUCCAUUUUAAAGUUUUCAUUUAAAUCGAGAAAUGAUGAAUUUGUUUGAAUUAAGUCCUAUAAUGUUGGCAUUAGGUUAAAUGUGGACAGAUUAUGUAUUUAAUUCUAAUUCAGCCAUAUUAACAAUUAAUUUUAUAACUUUAGGAUUUUCUUGUUUAGAAUUAAUAACACCUGCCACAAGAAUAAGUAAAUUAUUUGAUAAAAAGUAAAACAUAUCAACUGAAAAAGAUAGAUACUAAGAUGUUUAUUUGAAAUUGCCUACAGACUAUGAUCGAACUAAUCCAUUAACUUAAUAGCAUGCUAUUUUGGAAUUUAUAAAAGCAAAAAAGUUAAUUGAUGUAAAUUACAAAUAACCUGAAAUUAUGGAUACAAAAACUGCAUUAUAUAAGUACAUUUAGAUAGGAGGAAUGCAAUUUAUGAAAAAUACUAUUUCAUUAAAACUUAAAAUUUCUAUGAUGAGAAAAAUCAAAUUAAUAAGAAAGGCUCGUUAAGCUUUUGCUUAAAGAUAAUAAGAAGAUGAAAUUUCAUAUGAUUAAUAAGAUCCUAUCUAUACAUAAACUCCUGAAUAUAUAAUUGUUAAUAAGAAUAUCAUUUUUAGAUAGAAUUCAUUGAACAUAUCCACUGAUAAUGAUUAUAAUAAUAAAUACUAGGAUACUAAAAAUUAUAAUUUUUCUAGAUUUCUUGGUCCAAAUAAAUUUGAAAAUUGA